GUGACCUAUCUUGAAUCUUGUUUGUGGCUGUUUAUCGAGAUUUCAAUUGAGGCGCACGAUGUCAGUUCUACUUACAAACUUGUUUAUGCCAAAAUAUGUAAUAAAGUUGUCGUGAAAACAACACGGCGGACAGGUUAAAGGAAUUUCAAGUAUUCGAAUCGUCUAUUUUCUGUAAGUCAAGCUGGAAAUGGAAAAUAGUGGUGAAAGUGGUGAUGACGGGGGACCAUUAGGUCCAACUGCAUUCCUUAGUGGAAGCGGUGUUUCUACAUCAUAUAUUAGUGUACAAUCAGACGACAUGGAAGACGAUCCUGAAAACACUGAUGAUUCAAAUCAUGGAGCCAGUGACCCUUUACAAGGAGCUGGAGGCGGUGGUGGUGCAGGACCACUUCGUGAACAAGAUCGGUUUCUUCCAAUAGCAAAUGUGGCUAAAAUUAUGAAAAGAGCCAUACCAGAAGCAGGAAAGAUAGCUAAAGAUGCACGUGAGUGUGUGCAGGAAUGUGUUUCUGAAUUCAUAUCAUUUAUCACAUCUGAAGCGAGCGACCGGUGUCACAUGGAGAAACGCAAGACUAUUAAUGGUGAAGACAUUCUAUUUGCAAUGACAACUCUUGGUUUUGAUAAUUAUGUAGAGCCACUGAAAGUGUAUCUACAAAAAUACAGAGAAGCUACAAAAGGAGAUAAUCCUCCAGGUAGUGGUACAACAGCUGGUAAUGGAAAAGCUGAACCACAAGGAACUAUAUAUGAAGAUCAGCUAUUUGCCAUUGCUGCAACUGCGUCCAAUGCUACUACCUCUGACACACCUGUUAUAUACAGUUAUACAUCCACAGAUCAAAUGCAAUUUCAGCUUUCUUGAUCAGUGCAGGUUAAAGUGAUGUUGAUAUAAAUUAUUCUGUGUGAAAUGCGAUUUGACUGUCACAUAUCUUCAGUAU